GCACCACCAAACCAUCCCCCCCAAAACUCAAUAAUCAUAAUAAUUUAUUUUUUCAUUUUCUCCUUCAAAUUCCCCUUUUUUUUCUUUCUUCAUCUCUCUUUCCUCCUCUUCUCUGCUUCUUCAACUUUACUACUUCUCUCUCUUCUGCAUUCUCAUUCUCAUUCUCAUUCUCUCUCUCUCCUCGCCGGAAAAUGCUGCAAAUUAGUCCGAAAAACAUCCCGGAAAAUCCAGCCCCACUUUAAUCUUCCCCAAAAACCCAUUAAAAAAAAAGAAACCUCCAUAAUUAUCAGUCCUUAUAACAUAAAUUCCAGCAUAUAUCCUUUGAAUAUGUUUGAAUCAAUGAUGGAAUUGGAAAUAAUUCCACUCCCAGAAACAGCAGAAAAAGAAUCAUCAAAAAACCCAUUAAUGAGAAGCAGGUCACAAGCAACAACAAGAAGAGUAACACCAACAACAACAACAAUAACAACAACAACACAAACUAACCACGAAAACGAAGGUGUAGUUGAGAAACACCUCCCAAAUGGAGAUCUAUACAAAGGAAGUUUCUUAGGAAACGUACCACAUGGUACAGGAAAGUAUCUAUGGUCAGAUGGGUGCAUGUAUGAAGGUGAGUGGAAGAAAGGUAAAGCCAACGGAAAAGGUAAGUUUUCAUGGCCUUCUGGUGCAACCUACGAAGGUGAGUUCAAAGGUGGUCGUAUGGAAGGACAAGGUACUUUCACUGGUUCUGAAGGUGACACUUAUAAAGGCACUUGGGUUUCUGAUAAAAAACAUGGGUUUGGUCAGAAAUCUUAUGCUAAUGGUGAUUUUUACGAGGGUUCUUGGAGGAGAAAUUUACAGGAUGGUAAUGGUAGAUAUGUUUGGAGGAAUGGGAAUCAAUACCAUGGUGAAUGGAAAAAUGGGUUGAUUUGUGGGAAAGGUCUUUUGAUUUGGGCUAAUGGUAAUAAAUUUGAAGGUUGUUGGGAUAAUGGGAUUGUUAAAGGGAAUGGUACUUUCUCUUACCCAUCUCCUUUACCAUUACCAUUACCAUUACCACCACCAGUUUUAUCAUUGCCUUUGGGUAAGAAAAGAGUUUCUUUUGAGAAUGAUGGUGUUGCAAGAGGAGGAGGAGGAGGAGGAGGAGAGAGAAUUGUUCCUAGGAUUUGUAUCUGGGAAAGUGAUGGAGAAGCUGGUGAUAUUACUUGUGAUAUUAUUGAUAAUGUUGAAGCUGCUUCUAUGAUUUAUGGUGAUGGAUUUGUAAGGUUAGAUCGACAUUUAGCUAAAAGUCCUUGUUGUUUUAUCAAAGAAGCUAAGAAACCUGGCCAAACCAUUUCUAUUGGUCAUAAGAAUUAUGAUUUGAUGCUUAAUCUUCAGUUGGGUAUCAGAUAUUCAGUUGGGAAGCAUGCUUCAAUCUUGAGGGAUCUGAAGCACAGUGAUUUUGAUCCUAAGGAGAAGUUCUGGACAAGGUUUCCACCUGAAGGAUCUAAAUUAACACCAACACAUAAAUCUUAUGAUUUUAGGUGGAAGGAUUAUUGUCCUAUGGUCUUCAGACAUUUGAGGGAGUUGUUUCAAGUAGAUCCUGCGGAUUAUAUGCUAGCAAUAUGUGGAAAUGAUGCUCUCCGAGAGCUUUCUUCUCCUGGAAAAAGUGGAAGUUUUUUCUACCUUACUCAAGAUGAUAGAUUUAUGAUUAAGACUGUCAAGAAAUCUGAAGUCAAGGUUUUACUUAGGAUGCUUCCAAGUUACUACCAACAUGUUUGCCGGUACGAAAAUUCACUCGUUACUCGGUUUUAUGGUGUGCAUUGUGUGAAACCAAACGGUGGACCUAAGACACGCUUCAUUGUCAUGGGAAAUUUGUUUUGCUCGGAGUACCGUAUUCAUAGACGAUUCGACUUAAAAGGAUCUCGACAUGGGCGGACAACGCAGAAGCCUGAGGGUGAGAUAGAUGAAACGACUACCCUCAAGGAUCUUGAUCUUGACUUUGUCUUCCGUCUUCAAAGGAACUGGUACCAGGAAUUGAUCAAGCAAAUUGAACGAGAUUGCGAGUUCCUUGAAGCAGAGAGAAUUAUGGAUUACAGUCUUUUGGUCGGGGUUCAUUUCCGUAAUGACAAUACCGUGGAUAAGAUGGGCCUUUCCCCUUUCGUCCUCCGUGGCAAAAGGGAUUCAUAUCAGAAUGAAAAAUACUUGCGUGGACGUCGUUUCCUCGAAGCAGAACUACAAGAUAUGGAUCGUGUUCUUGCUGGCAGGAAACCAUUGAUCAGACUAGGAGCAAACAUGCCUGCCAGAGCAGAGCGACUGGCUAGGAGAAGUGAUUUUGAUCAGUACACUCCUGGGGGGUAUGGCAAUAUGGUCCCUGCUCGAAAUGGUGAAAUCUAUGAAGUAAUACUUUACUUUGGGAUAAUUGACAUUUUACAAGACUAUGAUAUCACCAAGAGGUUAGAACAUGCCUAUAAAUCUCUACAAGCCGAUCCAACUUCAAUCUCAGCAGUGGAUCCUAAGCUAUACUCCAAGAGAUUCCGUGAUUUCACAAGUAGAAUUUUUGUGGAAGAUAGGUAGCAGUUUGGAGAAGUAGAAAGACAAACUACAACCAUAAAUGGGCUGUGCCGUUCCAUUGAAAAGGAAUUCACCUAAUGGUGUUAGUACUUGUUAAGGUCCCCUCCAUGUGGAAUGAAUCACAAGUCAAGAAAGAUUCAACACUUCUCUUCUUGAAUUGAUAGAUGUUUUAUGAAGACAGGACCAAGAAAGUCUUUUUCUCCACUCACUUUGUUGGUAGGAGAAAAAUCGGUUGGCUAGUGCUGCAAUGGCGGUCACUUGAGGAAUGUGAAUCAGAUUCGGGGGAUGGCAUUUGGCUGAAUUUUGUGGAUCAGCCAAGAGCGCGAUAAAUGAAACGACAGGUCAUUUUUGUAUAUUCAAGGGGUGAAGGUGAAAUGGUAAAUUGGAUUGGGUAUUCUUAUUAAUUUUCCUCUGUUUUUGGCUAGAAUUUUGUAGCAAAUGAAAGCACUAUGAGGGAUUUGAAAGAUAGGUAUAUAGAGAAAAAGGGAAAAUGUGAUUUUUUUUCCCCAAGUAAAGAAAGAAACAAAAAAAUGGGAAGAGGAUGUAUGGAAUAACAAUUGUACAGGUUAAUAGAAAGGAUGAAGAGAUUAUUUAAUAUGAAAUCAUCUUUUUGGUA